AUUAUUAAUUAUUAACCCAAAACAACCACCUUCUCCACUCUGCUCCCACUCACCAAAACGCCUCGUUUCCUCCGCAAAAGAGACACCCUCAGCCUUGUAUCUCUUCAAGCCUUUACACAGGUCUUGAAGAGACAAAUCAAGCCCAAUUUCGAUCUUUGUUUCAUCUCUGCUCUACAGUCUUUCUUUCUUGUUUGUUUAAUAAUAAUAAUGGGCGGUGAAACUAAGGUCUUUACGUUGGCUGAGGUCUCCCAGCACAACAACGCCAAGGAUUGUUGGUUGGUUAUUAGUGGCAAGGUAUAUGAUGUGACAAAAUUCUUGGAUGACCACCCAGGAGGUGAUGAGGUUUUGUUGUCUGCAACUGGAAAGGAUGCAACCGAUGAUUUUGAGGACGUUGGCCACAGCAGCAGUGCUCGAGCGAUGUUGGAUGAGUAUUACGUAGGUGAUAUUGAUUCAGCAACCAUUCCCACCAAGACCAAGUAUACUCCUCCCAAUCAGCCUCAUUACAACCAGGAUAAAACAUCAGAGUUUGUCGUCAAGCUCCUCCAAUUCUUAGUUCCCCUGAUUAUUUUGGGUGUUGCUUUUGGCAUCCGUUUCUAUACCAAACAAUCAUCAGCUUGAAGAUCGAGUUCGUGGUGAACUCAUAAGAAGUGUCCAAAAGAAAAGCCCGGGG